UGGGUGCCGGGCCCUUUAAGAGCCAGCGCCACCUGUCGGGUGGAGGAGGGAAGUUGAAGUUGGAUGCAAGAUGGCGGCGCCGCCAGAGGAGGAGAGUCUGGAGUCGCGACUGAAUAAAGCCACAAAUCCUUUAAACCGAGAACUGGAAUGGAACUACAUUCAAGAAUUUUGUGACCAGCUGAACAAGGAAUUGGAAGGACCUCAGCUUGCCACAAGGUUUCUGGCACAUAAGAUACAAUCUCCCCAGGAAUGGGAAGCUAUUCAGGCCUUGACAGUCCUGGAGACAUGUAUGAAAAACUGUGGGAAGCGGUUUCAUAAUGAAGUCGGAAAAUUCAGGUUUUUAAAUGAAUUAAUCAAAGUGGUGUCACCCAAGUAUCUGGGAACGCGAGCUUCUGAGAAAGUAAAAGCUAAAGUUUUAGAACUAAUGUUCAGUUGGACAGUGGGUCUACCAGAUGAGCUGAAGAUCACAGAGGCCUAUCACAUGCUUAAAAAACAAGGAAUUAUAAAACAGGAUCCUGUGUUACCUGAUGAUGAACCCCUUCCUCCACCCCCUCCACGCUUGAAUGCCAUGUUUGAAGAUGAGGAAAAGUCUAAGCUAUUGGCCAGACUCCUGAAGAGCACCCAUCCAGAGGACCUCCGAGCUGCAAAUAAAUUAAUCAAGGAGAUGGUCCAAGAGGACCAGAAAAGAAUGGAGAAGAUUUCUAAAAGAGUCAAUGCAAUUGAAGAGGUGAACAACAAUGUUAAACUUCUGAGUGAAAUGCUGGAGAAUUAUAGCAAAGAUGAAACCCCUGAGAGUAAUGAAGAAAUAAUGAAGGAAUUGUACCAACGAUGUGAGAAGAUGAGGCCCACACUAUUCAGACUGGCCAGUGACACUGAAGAUAAUGAUGAAGCACUGGCUGAAAUCCUUCAAGCAAAUGAUAACUUAACACAGGUCAUUAACUUAUAUAAGAAGGUAGUGAAAGGGGAAGAAGUUAAUGGGGUGACUGACCUGCCAAACAUUAAAGCCAGCAGUUCUGCUCUACUAGACCUGACCGGGUUGGACACUGGCUCAAACACUCCUUCCUACCCUGCUGUCCCUGCCAGUCGGACCUGGAAUCCUGAUCUGGCACAAGAUCUAAGCAGCUCUGUAUCGUUACUAGACGAUGAAUUAAUGUCAUUAGGGCUGAAUGAUUUAGGUCCUAAUGCAGCACCUUCAUCACAGUCUGUUGAAUCAAACUGGAAUACAUUUCAGUCCUCUGAGUCUGAAGAGCUGAGUGGCCCCGUAACCUCAGCAGAAUCCAGCGCAUUGUCUUCUGAGUUGUUGAAGCCAGCAGCUUUGACAGCUGGCCAGCAAAAUCCUGCCCCUGCCUGUGUGCCUGCCACCUCUGGGAGCAAAGCCUUGGAUGACUUGGAUAUGUUGGGGAAAACCCUCCUUCAGCAGUCAUUGCCUCCAGGAUCUCAACAGGUCAAGUGGUCAGUUCCUCAGCAAAGGCAAACUCUUCGAGAUCUCCAGAACAAAUUGAACGCUAGCACUGCAGUUGCCUUGGGCACAUCGCCACUUUAUCCUGCUUCAAGCAAGAGCAUCUCGCCAGUUUUAAGCACAGCUCUUUCUUCAGGCCUUGCCCUGCAACCUGAUCAGCCUGCAGUGUUUGCAGGCAGCUCUACCGUUCCCACAGCUUCUACUGCACCAUGCAUAGGGCAGCCUGGUACGCAGCACAAUGCACAAGGAGGCCUCAAAACCUCGCCCAUGCCUCAGCAGGAAAUUUCCCUCACUAAUGUUUUAGUACCUCUAGAAUCAAUUAAACCAAGUAGCAUCCUGCCAGUCACUGUAUAUGAUAAGAAUAGUUUUCGAGUUCUGUUUCAUUUUGCGAAGGAUCCUCCACCAGGACAGCCAGAUGUUUUGGUGGUUGUCACUUCCAUGAUCAGUACGGCACCACAACCAGUGAAAAAUAUAAGAUUCCAAGCUGCUGUUCCUAAGGUCAUGAAGGUGAAGCUGCAGCCUCCCUCUGGCACCGAGCUACCGGCAUUUAAUCCCAUAAUUCAGCCUUCUGCAAUUACACAAGUCCUACUGCUAGCAAAUCCACAGAAGGAGAAAGUCCGGUUACGGUACAAGCUCACAUUUACAUUGGGCGAGCAAACCUUCAAUGAGAUGGGAGACGUGGACCAGUUCCCACCUCCAGAGUCGUGGGGAAAGCUCUAACUGGGACACAAACAGAGACACUACACAAUACUGCUGCUCUGUUGUUGUGAGACCACCAACAAUUUUCUGAUAAGGUGAAUGACAGGGGCUACAAUAACUCAAAUUGAAUCCUGAAACAAUUGAUUUCUGAUUUCUAAGGCAGAUCUAGUGGUACACCAUAUGGGUCUGGAACGAGACCUCUGUCCUGCUAUUGGGCAGGAUGCUGUUAUUCCCUCCUGUUAGCUGGCAAUGUGAAAAUAGUCCCCUCUCUGUGUGUACGGUGGUGUUACACCUGAUGUCAGUGUGUGAUAAAAUUAUUCAAAAAAAUUGUUAUUCUGCCUGGUUUCAAAGUCUCUUUUUUCUGAGGUACAUGUUUAACGACUUAUUCCGGUGUUCCCAAAUUGGAUCACUGUAGGUUUUUCAGUUGAUGGGACUAGCAUGUAACUAAUACAUGAGGACCAGAAUGUUCGAUUUCUGCUCUGUGCUAAAUCGACCACUAUCAGUUAGGAGAGUGACACCACUGCAGUGACUCUGUGCUAGCAAAACUGAAAUCAGACAGCAAUUCCAAUCCAAAGUUUUAGCAGGUGGGUCCUCCUCAGAAGCGCCUCUCUGGGUCGUUGGGCUUAACUGCAAUACUCUUGUCAAAUACUCCUCUGGUUCGUUUAUAAAGGUUGACCAUUUGGACUCUACCAGAGCGCGGAGCCUAGGUUGUGGCAGCAACAAAUCAUUUGGCACAAAUCAGCCCUUUUUGUUAAAGGCAGAUACUUUUACAAAUUUAAUAUAGAUUGAUCUUUUGUUCUUUGUCAUCCUGAAAUAACAGAAUCAUGAUUGGCCCCAGGUGACAAUGGCUGGAUCGUUUGAUUUGCACAAUUUGGAGUGUGUCAGCAUGCCACACUCAAGCUUACAACCUAAGAAGUUCAGGUAUGGUAGCACAGUGUCUCUCACCGGUGUUCCCCGGGAGAGUAGAUCAUCGUAGAUUCAACCAGCAAUCUAACGUGGGUUUUGAUCUAGCUUCCUGGCCGAGGUAGACAAGUUCAUUGUGGCAUUGGAGAUUCUCCUUUUUGUAUUGAAUGAGGACUGGGAAUAUCCGAUGGGGUUUUCUAUCAUCACGAGUUCAAAUGACCCUGCCCUUCAAUUGUAAACAGGUAGUUCACCUCCUGCCCGACCCACUAAGCGCACACAGUUGGUUCUGUGUGCUUUUAGAAUGACCCAAACAGACAUUGGCAUGGAGUGCAGGAGGGACAUUCAGGAAAAACUGAUGAUACUGACUGUAAAAUGUACCCACAUUGGUAGAAACCAUUGCCCAUAGCCCAUCCCCACUGCCUUUUUUGAAACUAUAUGGCUGCAUUUAUCUUUCAAGAUACACAGUGCAAAUAUUCUGCUGGCAUGAUUCCUAGGUCUUCAACACACCCAGAGUAAAAGCAGCUCAAAUGAUAAUGUAAUCCAGGGGAGGGCAACUACUUUAGACUGCUAGUCUCUAAUUGAAUUCUGCAAUCAUUGAGUCCUUUCAGUUUACAAGUUGCUGAAAUUAGCUCAUGCAGCCCCUGUAAACAGUGUGAUAGGAUUAUGUGUGUAGUGGCCAUAAGACCAAAAGCCCUGUGUUGAUUUAUCAGAGGAUGUACUUUAUAGUUAUCAUUGUUUGUGUCUCUGCACAAAUAUUUUGAUUUCGUUCGAGGGUCAGCCAUUAACCUGAAUGUUUUAGAAGCUAUGUUGUGUUAUUUGACAUUUCUAUGUAGAACCGUAAAACACAAAAGUAGAAGUGAAUUGCUUUCUACUUCCUCCAAAACUCUAGUGGAGCAGGAGCUGGUAGUGGAAACGGGAGUGUAAACAAAUUGGGCAGGAAGAGGUGGAAAGUUUAAAACAUUAACAGCUUCUCCUCAGUAAGUGAUUGUACAUCAUGCUGAAAUACCGUUUAGAAAUCUUUAGAAAUGACCCCUAAAAUUUGACGGUAGUGACAGUAAUUGUAGUCAGUUGCUGAAUGACCUGAUGACAAUAAAUAUUGUUAAACAGUAAGGCUUUGAAACAAUCUAUUAGAAGGUUAUGAUGGUAAGGGCUUUUAAUUCUAAUUCUAAUCAUUGUCUUCCUGUGAAGCUGAAGGCUGGUGAAUGCAAUACUAUAAUAUUUUGGUUUGUCCAUUGACUAUCACGAAGCUUUUUUGGGGAUAUGUUUAUUUAAUGCACUAGGUUGUAAAUUUAACGAAUGUACAGAUUUACAUUAACUUUUAAUUACAACUUAUUUAAUUGUUUGAAUCAAAUUUAUCAGUGCUUUGUUUUUUAAUAAUGUUUUUAAACCCUCAACUAACAUGACUUAGGGCACAUUUUCUGGGUGUUUUAGUUCCUUGUAGCUUGUAGGGACCUUGUGUACAAAUUGAAUACCUCAUUUGCCUGCAUUAUUGUAUUACCAUUUUAAAAAUAUUUCAUGAGUUGAAAAGGACUUUACUGCAGCCUGAAAUUGUGUAAUUUUUUUUAAUUACAUGCAUGCAAGUACUUUUCAAUUAAAUUAUUUCUAGCUGUAAUGUUGCCAAAUGUGACUUUAGAUGGUCAGGAGUUAGAAGAUAAUCCAAUAAAGUUACAAGGCCCUUUAACUUCACCUGCCCCGUAUAAUUUCAGCAUCGCUGUCACAAAACUAAUUAUAUUUUUGUCUUUCGAUAACAUCUCUGAGUGAAAAUAGACCAAUCUGUCUGUAGACUGAAGACUGUGUGGUUUCUAAAUGCCUUCUGCAACCUGUCACAUUGGAUUGAAUCCAAUCUGUUAAUCUCUUGAGGGAACUGCAGAGUUUUAUCUCCAAGUGAAUUGAACAAAAGUUCAGAAUGGUGAUGAGUAAUGAUUUUAAAGUCCAGUGCAGCCUUCAGAGCUUGUCACCCUGUAGUCCAACAAUCGUGAGAUUGCCUCUUCAGCAGGGCAAUGAGAAGGGGAACUUUUUGGCUUUGAUUCUUAAACAAAACUGAGUAUUUGUGGGAUAGAGGGAGGAAAAGUGAAAUGCUAUGGAUGCAGGAAAUCUGAAAACGUUGGAUGCACACAACAGUUCAGUCAGCUCCAAAAAGGAGAAAAUGCAGGUGAAGCUUCCAAAUACCAGAGCCAUGUGCAAACCUGAUAAGUCAGAGGUUGACGAGCAUAUUAACAAGAUCAGAAAAGGAAGGGGGAGAUGUGUAGUAAAUAUUUCUUUAAAAAAGCACUUGGACAAGCUUUGGCUGAAAACUGUCAAGGAAUGAACAGAAAGAUUAAGAAGUUGAAGAUAAAUAGCUAAAGAAGUAACUAACCUGAAGAGUGGGGGAAAUGGAAAUCUUAAUGUGGUCUCGUCUGAAAUUAAAACUGUUGAUAAAGAGAAUUUGGCUGAAGUCUGCAAUGUUUGAACCAAAGGGUUUGCAAGGUGCUUUGGAGAAAGAUUACAUUGUUCUUGCAGGCAAAGUUCCAAUUUUAUUCUCAAACAACACAAACAGCUUUGCGCAAAAAGGUAGUAUAGGUAGUUCAGUUUCCCCAAAGAUUAACAUGUGUAGGUGUUUCAGACAUUGAGUCAAAUUUAGGCUGUGUUGAAAUAUGUUUGUGAUUACAUUUUCUUCAGUAGCUGAAGCACUAAAUUGCAUUGAUUAGGAGUGGAGUUAACAUAGCAUGUGGUACAAGCUUGCAGUUUUGUUGUGUGACUCUUGGAAAUUUCCAAGACAAAAUAGAAGUAGGUGGGAAGGAGAGAGCUAAGGUGAAAGUGCUUCUGUACAACAUUCGGGUCAAGAGCAUUUUUUUUUUAUCUCCCCCAGUUGUAUCUUUAUUGAGCUAUUUCGUUUGUAUGAUUGUACCCAUUCUUAAAAUUACUGCAGUUGCUCUGUUUAUAGUGUAGGGCAGAUUUAAUGACAACUGGAAGUUAAACAGCCACAAGAAUCACGUGUGAAAUUGUAACACUUCCACUUGGAUAUUCUCAAUUGUCAGGGUUAUGGCCAGUACACAGUGUUAUGCUGAUGUUUAGUGGUCUUUGCAAACAGACUGAGAGUACCCAAAAUGGAACCUGAUUUUCCAAAAUUUGCCAGUAAUGUGGCUGUCGACCUCUCAUCAGAGGCAACUCCACAAUUUUUAUUUGAAUAAAAAGGAAAGUUAUUUUAUGAGUCAGAAAUGCUUGCAUUUACAUAGCCCCUCAGGAUGACCUCAGAUGCUCAUGGUCAGAUUUUUUUGUUUGAAAGGUGGUCACAGUAAUAUGCACAGCCAAGAUCCCACAUCCAAGAAUAACUGAUAAUUAAUUGUUCAGAAGUGUUUGAGAAUUAAUCUGCAGCAGUGUUUGAUUACCCCCUUUUAAUACUGCCCAGAGUGGGAGCUUCGAGAGCACCAGAGGUCACACUGAAUUUCAGAUGCCUGACUGGAAUGGAGAAACCGCUAUGAGCUCCGAUGUGAGCUGCAUGCAGCUCAUUAAAAGCAUUGUAACUUCCAAUUUCUGAAAGGACAAUCUUCUUUGGUACCUGCCCACCUGUGGGGAGGGUGAGGUUGGACAGUUUGUCCUCAGUACAAAGAGUACUGUUGAUGGGCAGUGAGUUUCACCAAGAUACUGGCUUCCGGCAAGUCUUUUAUUAAGACCUGGAAACUGGUCGUACCUGAAUUGCAUGCAACGGCUGAGCUUGGUAGUAGGACCAAGGCAAAUUGGUCUGACUUCUUUUAACUUGCUGCCGUUGAGUUAGUACAGCUGAGGAGGAGGGUCUAAGAACAUCAGCAAGCUUGACGACAGCAAGGGAGACCAGGACCCGGAGUGGUGGCCUGAGAUUUAAUGAGAGCUCCCCAAUAGAUACAUAAAGUGAGUUAAAUCUCGCCUCUCCAGUAGAGCCCUGCUACACGCCUGAAGAAACUGGUCAUGAGAUCAAUGUCAGUUGGCACCUGAUUUGUGUAUGCAAAGGGUCUGAUGUCUGUUUGGGUCAUGCACUCUGGCUUGCUCCAGGGGGAACCUAACCGAAAGGGUGUGCAUGGAAAAUUCUAACAUGGGGUGAGCAUAGGGAUGUUGAUUGUCAUUUUGAAUCCUUAGGUAUUCAUUUGAUACAAUCUAAUUUCUAGGCCAUUAACAAGUUAUCAGCCUUCACAGUGUAAAAUGGCACCAGCAGCAUUGUUGCUGAUGAAAUGUCUCCUGGAUUAUGUUCAGUUUUCAAUUUUCUUCUGUUGCUAUUGUUAAUUUGAUUCAAGGACUCUCAUUACAGCACAGUCUUCAUUUUGUCCAUUUGAAAUGUGUGUGCCCUUCAGUGGUUUGGUUUAACUGGGCCAAGUCAGCUCAGGUGUGCUAUAAUGAUGUGCGAGGAAGUAUUAAUCAAAUAGACUUGGUGACUGGAAAGUGUGUCACUGUUCAAUGACUUUACAGAUCCCACCAGAAAAUAAAAAUCGAAAAUCUUCAACCCUGCUACCCAUUGCCAGGAUGAAUACAAUAUGUCAACAGAAAUUUGGCUUUGGCUAACUAUUAUAUUGUCCCUUGCACAGUGAUGCUACUGUAGGUGUGUCACCCUUUGUUAAUACAUCUUUCAGUGAAUCUCCAGUACUUUAAGGCUUGUGUAAGCUGAAAUAAUUUCCUGAAAGGUAGUUUGACCACUUGCUUGCAAGAGCAGCUGUCGAGACUCACAAAGCAUAGAGAUAUGUAUGGCCAAUUGAGAGAAUCUAUAACAAGUGUCAACAGUGAGAGUGUCACCUGUGUGGUACAUUGCCAAGUGAAAUCUUCAUUCCUACAGUCAAAUGUGGUCCAUCCGUUCCAACUGGAGUCCUUGCCCAGGUUGUGAUUGAUCUGCCUCAGAAAGUGGAAAUGUGUUUAGUCUGAACACAGAGGUGUUGUUUCCUUUUAUUCUAACACUGCUUAUCUAUUUGUUCUAAUAAAUACCCUUUGUCUCCCCUGCUUGGGAUCUGUAGAACUGACUUGUGUAUAUAUUUAUAUGGUCUUUUGGAAUUAUGUACAUUAGAACAAAGAUUUAUUUAUGGGGAUUAAAGUUUUCUUUUCCUGGGAUUGUGAGAGUCACGUGAUGUAUACUAGGCCUCCUUUUCUUUUGUGUAUAUUUUGUCCAAUAAAUCAUCCAAGGUCUAUUUUUAUUUA